AUGGUUCUCAGGAAGAAACUUCCACCGUCGGAGUCGCCGCAUUGGCAACGGAGGAUAGUCAGUGCUCCUACACAUCAGACAAGGAAAAUUCAUGUGGGAAAUGGUGUCAGACACUUCACCGGCGAUUCUACUCCUCAAGAUCGCUUGUACGUUAAUGUAACGUGGAUCCAUCAUCCAUGGACUUAA